UUUUGGUUUUUUCUGCGAAAUCCAAGAAAAAAGAUCAUUUCUCUCUGGUGGCGCUGGCGGGCGAUUGUUACUUCUGCCACUCCCAUUUGCUAGCUUUAUUGCUGCAGUGUUUGUACAGUGAGCUUUCUUCUAUACAAAUUCUUAUUCAUCCCAAGGAAAAAAAGAAAAAAGGAAAACUUUGGCUAUGAGGUUUAUCACGGCUGCAAUAGCUGCUGCGUACAGAAGAAACUUUAGCACCAAAAGGUUUCAAAAUCGGUACCAGAGUAAAAACAAGACCAAAAAGAGUGAACACUACAGAAUGAAGUGGACUGAGGAACAAAAAGAAAUUAUAUCUGCCAUUUCCGGGGGAAAAUCCGUCUUCUUCUCGGGCUCGGGGGGCACCGGAAAAACAUUGCUGGUGAAGCAUAUUAUUAAACUAUUGAAAAAAUUUCACCCCCCAUCUCGGGUCUUUGCCACGGCACCUACUGGGGUUGCGGCAUUUGCUAUUAGGGGACAAACACUGCACUCGUUUGCGGGGAUUGGGCACCACAUGCUGGAUCGCCACGCUUUGCUAAAUAGGGUUCUCAAUGACACCAAGGCCUACAGCAGGUGGAAAAAAGUUGAGGCACUGGUUAUUGAUGAGAUUAGCAUGGUUGAUGGGGAGUUGUUUGAGAGUCUUGAAUCCAUUGCGAGAGAGAUACGGGAUAAAGAUGAGGUGUGGGGUGGAAUUCAGCUUGUUGUGUGUGGAGAUUUCUUUCAGCUACCACCAAUUCCUGAUCCUCGGAAUUUGUCCGGCAAAGAGUUUGCAUUUGAAGCUGAUUGUUGGGAUGCGAGUUUCAAUAUGCAAUUUGAGCUCACCAAGAUUUUUAGACAAUCAGAUCCUCGACUAGUCAAGUUGCUUCAGGGUAUAAGGAGAGGGGAGUGUGAUCCUGAAGAGUUAAAACUUCUUGAGCAAUCGUGCUCGGAUGAGUCAGAUCCGUCUGUGAUACAGCUCUAUCCAUUGAGAGAAGAUGUGAACAGAGUGAAUGAAAUGAGGAUGAAGAGCUUGUCUGGGAGGACUAUUACGUAUUUAUCUUUGGAUAGCGGUGAGAACCCUUGGAAGAGUCAGCUCAAGAAGGGGAUAGCACCUGACGAACUUUGCCUCUGUGAAGGUGCAAGGGUGAUGCUGAUCAAGAACUUGAGUCGUUGGUGUGGACUGCUGAACGGUGCCACUGGUAUAGUUACAGAAUUUGGUGAGUUUAAGGGUGUGGACGUGAGAGACAUAUGUUCUCAAAAUCUUCUACCAAUAGUCAAAUUUGAUUCAGGGCGGACAAUGGUUAUCGAACCAGAAACGUGGGUUGUGAUGGAGGGAGAUACAGUUGUUGCCAACAGAAAACAGAUGCCCCUGUUAUUGGCAUGGGCUCUAAGUAUUCACAAGUGCCAGGGCAUGACUCUUGACAAAAUUUCCACUAAUCUGUCUAAAGCUUUUGGCUAUGGAAUGGUCUAUGUAGCACUUUCCCGUGUGAGAAGCUUGGAUGGUCUUCACUUAUCAGGUUUCACUCCCUCCAAGAUAAAGGCUCACCCAAAGGUUUUGCUCUUCUACAAAAGUUUUUCUAGUGAACAAGCUAUGGAGGGUAAGGAUGACGCUGCCAACAAGAUCAGGGGUUGCAGCAGAAACGUACUACUUGUUUCUGACACAACGAGCCAAGCUGCAACAAAGUACCAUUUCUCUCUUUCUGAAUUCCUAACUUCACGCCAAAAAAGAAAAUGAAACCGUCAGAUACUUUUAAUAUUUCUUUUCUAGCAAUUUCCAAGUUCUUAACAUGAAAGUUUAGCCAAGCUCACAUGAAAGAUGCUAAUGCAUAACUUUUUGUUGAUGUAUAUUGAAUAGUGAUGAUUUUGCCUUCUGGAA